GUCAGCAAAAAGGGCUAACUGUACUGGAGGUGGCCGGCGUCGUGAGGGCUGUGUAUUAGUUUAGCUGGGAGGAUGCCCUUCGCUUUACUACUCUUCUUCCUCGAGGCAGCCUGCUCAUGUCAUCGAGCAAAAGGUCAUCGAGAAGCUAUACGUCGGUCGCUAUCACGUUCCAACAAAUCCAAAGAGAGCCGUUCACUGGUGAUCUCCUUUGACGCGUCGCCGUUUGUUGAUGUGCACUGGGACCCCCCACCAGCACGACAAGAGAUAUUCUUACGCUUUCUUCUUCAUCCCUUGCUUCCUCCGUUCUCUUGAUCCACACCGCCGAAAUAUACUUUCCAAGAUGAUCUCGCCAUCAAAUAAUAUUCACGUUCACCCUCCUCCCUGCU